AUGGAACCUUACGUUCGUAGACCGGCUGCUCUGGCCGGUAACCAAGUCCCGCUAAGGAACCAAGUUGCCACUCAGGUCCUGGCUCGCAAGCUUUCCCUGUUCAGAGAAGAGACUAUUGUCAUCCCGCUUUGUAGAGCCAUGGAGUACAAGCUCGCAGUGGAUUCCAGCAAGAAGGCUACGGAGCUGCCGCUAUUGAGGGUUUGCGGCACCGUACAGCAGAAUCCACACAUGCGGGCCUUCUGGGCCAGCGUCAUAUCUUUCUUCCUUGCCUUCUUGGGCUGGUUUGCCUUGGCGCCCUUGGGCCUCGAAGUUGCGACCAGCAUGGGGACGUGUGAGAACCAGCUCUUCCCCCCUACGGACUUCCCGACACGACCAGCCUACCUGAAGUUCAAGAACUUGAAGAGUGGGCUGAGCUAUUGCCAGUAUGGGGUCCUCAAGGAGGACGGCAAGGAAAUCGAGUGCGAGGACGUCCCCCCAGAUGUGGCGAGUGGCGCCGAGUCAACGGCUGAGCAGAAGGAGAAGUACAGACCGCAGGUGCUGACAAAGUGCGUGUGCACCCCAGGCACGGAAUGUAAUUCCGUGAUUGCGAAUGCCGGCGUGGCCUCUGUUGCCUCGACCAUCUUCGUGAGGGUUGCUUUGGGGACGCUCCUCGAGCGCUUCGGUCCGGUGAACGUUCAGUGUGGCUUACUGUCCUUUGGGGCCUUCUGGGUGGCAAUGGCGGCCGCCAUUACAGCUCCAUGGAACUAUACGCUGAUCCGCUUUUUCAUAGGUUGCGCAGGCGCCACGUUCGUGACCAACCAGUUCUGGUGCUCGCUGAUGUUUUCGCCCAAUGUUGUCGGCACGGCCAACGCCACUGCGGCCGGUUGGGGCAACUUGGGAGGCGGCGUGACCCAGAUUUUUAUGAUGUCUGUACUUUUCAAUCCUAUGGUGGCCUCCGGGUUGGAGCCGAAUGUCGCUUGGCGUGUUUGCAUGGUGGUGCCAGCGGUCAUGUUCGUGGUCGUUGCCAUUUGCAUGAAGCUCAUGUGCUGGGAUAUGCCUACGGCACGCAACUACGAUCCGGCCGUGACCGGCAAGACACAAAAACCUUCGAUGUGGGACUAUGUCGAGGUGCUGCGUGACGUUCGCGUCGUGGUCAUGAUAUUCCAAUAUUCCGCGUGUUUCGGCACAGAGCUCGCAAUGAACAAUCAGUUGGCUACGCAUUUUCGGACAUACUUCCAGAUGGAUGCAGGUGAUGCCAGUGCCCUGGCGGGUGCUUUCGGUCUUAUGAAUCUGUUCGCUCGAUCACUUGGAGGCAUCAGCAGCGAUGUUUGCUUCAAGUACUUCGGCUUCCGCGGCCGAAUUUGGGCCCAGUUCCUGGCACUCUUUUUCGAAGCUAUCUUCCUAUUCAGCUUCGGGAACGUGGACAAUUCCCAGCCUUGGUACGUGGCAUUGGCAGUCUUAGUUUGCUUCUCGCUCUUUGUGCAGAUGGCUGAGGGCACCUCCUACGGCAUCGUGCCCUUCAUGAACCGGAAGCAGCUCGCAGUUGUGUCCGCGCUUGUGGGUGCCGGUGGAAAUCUCGGGGCCGUGAUUGCAGGCUUCUGCUUCUACAGGCCGAUCGAGGAUGCUCUGCUGCCUUUCCAGGUCCACGCGGGCUAUGUAAUGUUUUGGGCUCUGUUGAGCCCUUGCUACUACUGGUCCGAGAUGGGUGGGAUGUUCCACGGACCGGCACAGAGCUCCGAGAAGGGCAAGACCCAAAGCAGCGAGAACCAGUCUCACACGGGAAGGCAGCGAGAGCCAGCCGCAAGCCACGGCUGGUUUGCCUUGGCGCCCUUGGGCCUCGAAGUUGCGACCAGCAUGGGGACGUGUGAGAACCAGCUCUUCCCCCCUACGGACUUCCCGACACGACCAGCCUACCUGAAGUUCAAGAACUUGAAGAGUGGGCUGAGCUAUUGCCAGUAUGGGGUCCUCAAGGAGGACGGCAAGGAAAUCGAGUGCGAGGACGUCCCCCCAGAUGUGGCGAGUGGCGCCGAGUCAACGGCUGAGCAGAAGGAGAAGUACAGACCGCAGGUGCUGACAAAGUGCGUGUGCACCCCAGGCACGGAAUGUAAUUCCGUGAUUGCGAAUGCCGGCGUGGCCUCUGUUGCCUCGACCAUCUUCGUGAGGGUUGCUUUGGGGACGCUCCUCGAGCGCUUCGGUCCGGUGAACGUUCAGUGUGGCUUACUGUCCUUUGGGGCCUUCUGGGUGGCAAUGGCGGCCGCCAUUACAGCUCCAUGGAACUAUACGCUGAUCCGCUUUUUCAUAGGUUGCGCAGGCGCCACGUUCGUGACCAACCAGUUCUGGUGCUCGCUGAUGUUUUCGCCCAAUGUUGUCGGCACGGCCAACGCCACUGCGGCCGGUUGGGGCAACUUGGGAGGCGGCGUGACCCAGAUUUUUAUGAUGUCUGUACUUUUCAAUCCUAUGGUGGCCUCCGGGUUGGAGCCGAAUGUCGCUUGGCGUGUUUGCAUGGUGGUGCCAGCGGUCAUGUUCGUGGUCGUUGCCAUUUGCAUGAAGCUCAUGUGCUGGGAUAUGCCUACGGCACGCAACUACGAUCCGGCCGUGACCGGCAAGACACAAAAACCUUCGAUGUGGGACUAUGUCGAGGUGCUGCGUGACGUUCGCGUCGUGGUCAUGAUAUUCCAAUAUUCCGCGUGUUUCGGCACAGAGCUCGCAAUGAACAAUCAGUUGGCUACGCAUUUUCGGACAUACUUCCAGAUGGAUGCAGGUGAUGCCAGUGCCCUGGCGGGUGCUUUCGGUCUUAUGAAUCUGUUCGCUCGAUCACUUGGAGGCAUCAGCAGCGAUGUUUGCUUCAAGUACUUCGGCUUCCGCGGCCGAAUUUGGGCCCAGUUCCUGGCACUCUUUUUCGAAGCUAUCUUCCUAUUCAGCUUCGGGAACGUGGACAAUUCCCAGCCUUGGUACGUGGCAUUGGCAGUCUUAGUUUGCUUCUCGCUCUUUGUGCAGAUGGCUGAGGGCACCUCCUACGGCAUCGUGCCCUUCAUGAACCGGAAGCAGCUCGCAGUUGUGUCCGCGCUUGUGGGUGCCGGUGGAAAUCUCGGGGCCGUGAUUGCAGGCUUCUGCUUCUACAGGCCGAUCGAGGAUGCUCUGCUGCCUUUCCAGGUCCACGCGGGCUAUGUAAUGUUUUGGGCUCUGUUGAGCCCUUGCUACUACUGGUCCGAGAUGGGUGGGAUGUUCCACGGACCGGCACAGAGCUCCGAGAAGGGCAAGACCCAAAGCAGCGAGAACCAGUCUCACACGGAGUCUGUGGCCACCAGUGAGAACUGCAUGUAA